AUGCCUAUGAUAUACAAGACCCCUUCUAAUCCCGCUCGUGGUGCUUCCGCUAAGGACGUUAACAAGCCCGACGCUGCUCUCAAAGGUUCCGCUGGUGGUCACACUCGUUCUCCUUCUACUCCUGUCUCCGUUCGUUCUUCCGUCAUUGCCAAGGCUGCUACCGGUGGUACCAAAGUCUCGAAGCCCGGAGCGUUGGCUUCUCCUUCUACUGUCAAGCGUUCCAACAGCCUCCCGAUCGGUGCCAAGCUCAUCUCCCCUCGCACGCCCUUGGCGAAGGUGACUGCGAACCGCGCUUCUCCUCCUACCUUAGUCAAAAAGGCUGUGGAGAACAAGGCGGUUGCACAGCUCGUGGGGACCGGCUUUGGGUCCCCUGGCAUGAAAGCCGUUGCGAAGGUCGUGGGGACUGGGUCGCCCUCCGCGAAGGCAGUCCUGGAGAACGAGGCUACGGCUGACAACCCGCCGGCAGCCGACGCAGUGACGAAGGUUGAGACUCCGCGCGCCGCCGUCCGCGGGAAGACGCAGAAGGCGAACGGCACCAAGAGCGGUGGAACCUCUCCCCCCUCCUCCGUAGGGAAGAAACGCGUCCCACCCGCAUUCGCCCAGAGCCCUAUCGGGAAGGAGAACCUCCUCGCCAUUCCGGAGUGGGAGUACGACCGCCUGACCCCCGACGCCGACGACAAGAAGAAGGCGGUCCCGGGCAGGAAGGCCAAACCGGCCACUGUCAAGCUCGCCAUCGUCAAGCCCUCGAAUUUCAAGUUACCGGCUGUCAAGCCUGCUACAGUCGCGCCCCUCCAGCUCGCUCGGCGCGCUUCGCUUCUUCCCACUGCCAAGAAGGUGGAGAAGGCGAAGCCCGGGCACGCGUUAAAGCCGACCUUGGGCGGGCUCGCUGAGGACGUGGAGGAAGUGGUGAAGAUGGCCGAGGCAGUCACAGUCAAGGCGGAGGUUUCCGCUGCGUUUUUGCCCUUCGAAGAUUGCACCAAACAGGUUGUCGAGGCACUCGUUCCUGCCUCCGCUUCAGGCAAUGUAGUGAUCGAAGAAGUCCCUUCGUCCGACAUUGCAGCGGUUGAGGAAGUCCCUGCGCCUUCGCCCGACACUGCGAUGGUCGAAGAAGUCCCUGUCCCUUCUUUCGACAUUGCGGGAGUUGUGGGAGUUCCAGUCCCUUCAACUGUCAUUGUGGUCGAGGAAGUUCCCUUCCUGGGCGACGUCGCGGUCAGCCAUCAUCCCGGUGUCGACACCUCGGCUGACACUACCUUCGAGGAACUGGUUCUCAAGGACAACGAUGGCAAUGCCGGCGAGACCGAGUUCACGGUCGUACCCAUUCCGGACGUCGACGAACUUACUCAGCCUGUUGCGUGCCAGUUCGUGUGCCCUGCUCUGAAGAGCGAUUCUUCCGAUGUCGCAGUGAACACGACACUUUCCUCUCCUUUGGCAGCAAUCGUUGCCCUUCUUGAAGAGGCUCAGGUUAUAAGCCCUGUCGCAGAAACCAUUCCAACCCACGUGGAGGACGAUGAAGAUCUUGUUACUCUUGGCCGUCUUUUUUCUAAUACUUCUUACGACCAUGAUGAAAACUACGACCAUGAUGAAAACUACGACAACGACGCAUUGGAUGACGAUGAAGAUGUUCCUGCCUCGAUUUCUGUCUCAGCUGCACCGAUGGUCGACGACGACGACGACGACCACAUGCCCCUUAUUCAUGUCAUGCACAAGCUCCGUGCUGAGCAGCCCAUUGUGAAGGACGUCGGGGCGGCUCGUGAUGUCCUCCCCGCAAUCAAGAACGCCCCCAUCAUGUCCCUAACCGCCGUCCAAGGUGGCCACCCAGCACAGUGGGACGACGAUGCUCAGUCCAUGGCGUCGUUCGCUACCUCGGUCUCAUGCAGGAUCCCGUUCGAGGAGAAGGGGAAGGGUCUGCUCCUCGACCCCAAUGAGGAUUGGACCGGGGCUGAGGUACUUUUCGAGUUCAUCGAUGAUGAAGAGGUUCCGGAGGUCAUUAAGGAACGGUUGAAGGUGGAGGUAAAGGUGGAGGAGAAGCCCGGCGAGUUCGUCAUCUACGACCCCGCGUGGGCGCCCCAAUUCCUGGCUGGGAGCUCGACAUCGCCAGUUACUGAAGCGACUGAUGGGUAUCGGAGCGCGCGGAAGUUCGACGUGCGUUCCAAAGUCCCACUCCCGAAGGCGUCCAAGAGCGAUAGCUCCCCGUUCGCGGGCAACGUGCGGUCCAACGUCCCAUACAAGCAGGCGUUCAAGGGCGACGACAGCUCCCCGUACGCGGUCGACGUCGUGUUAAAGACCGACAAUGUGCAGAUCGAUCCGCACGCAACAUCCGGGAAGAUCUGUCCAAUGGGCGACGAGUACGCCUACGUUGUCCAGGCGUACCAGGAGCCCGCGGUCAUGAAGCCGCUCAAGAUCGUGACGUCUCCUCCCAGGGCCUUGAAGCGGUCGAAGGCUGUUCAUUAUCCUGCCAAGGUCGCAAAACCGGCGAAGAACGUCAAAUCUCUUGCCAAGGUCGCAAAGCCAGCGCAGAUUGUCCCGUCUCCUACCACGGUUGUGAAGCCGAAGGUCAUUAUAUCUCCUCCCGACAUCUCACAGCCUCCAAAUACCGUGACAACGCCGCCUCUCCCCUCUCAGGCAGCGCUGCACGAGUCGUUCACGGAGCCAUUCGCAAACGAAUACAAUGCCUGCCCGGUCAGCUGGGACUCGUCGAAACCAUCCAUGUCCUCUAGUUCCUCGGGAGACUCGCAGGGUGGCCUUCGAUCUGCAUGGUCCGACUGGACCGUGGACUCAGUAGAGACCUCGUCCGGCUUCUUCAAAGUCGGAUCCUUGCGCAAGUUCUUCACCCGCUGGGGGCGAAGGUAG